GUAGAAAGAAGCCGGAUAGAUUUGGACGAAAUUCGUGCGUGGUGCGCGAGCACGUUGUUGUGUUGAUCGAAGUGUACUUAAUUCAUACUGUAAGUAAUUAAAUUACAGCGAUAAUUUCCGUGACAUUAGCCGCUAAAGUCCGGCCAUUAAAUAUUCGGUACUUUGUCUCGUUCGAUGACAACUGCGACCGCUUUCGCAUAACCUAUUCUUGCUUGUGAGCAUGGUGGUAUGUGACCGGAUUUAUUUUGUGUGUGAAAUUGUGUUCCAAUCGCGUCUUUUUCUCGGAUUUGGAAAAUUUGCGGAAACUCAUUGAUUUUGCAUUGUUUGCUCCUUCAACCGGUUUCAUUCGGAUGUAUUCAGAAGAAAGAUUGGAAUGUUCGGGCCAUGAGGUCUGUGCUUGUUCUCAGUUGAACCGGAGCUCCGAGUGACGUCAUGGUGGUGACGAAAGUGCGCGCGGUGCUCGUGCGAUGAGGAAGUGCUAACCGGUGUCGGAUCUCGGAUCAAGCUCGCGGAGUUCCUCGGGAGUGUCUUGUCGCCGGUGAGCCCCCGGAGAAGUCUUCAAAUACGGCGCGCCCCCGACUCGUCGCAAUCGGGCGGACGAUCGCUGCCUUGGACCGGGACCCCCUUAUGAGGUUGCGCUCCCAGCUGAGCCGAAUCGGACGGGCCCCCCGGAAAAAAGUGCGCGCCGACCGUGGCCGAUGUCGGCGCUGAGCCCCAUCACCUCCCGCCGCCCGUGAAUUUUAUUAUCGAAUUAUCGCUGUGAUAGUGACCGGUGAUUAGUGAUCAGUGUCCUGUGAUCAGUGUCCAGUGAUCAGUGUCCGGUGAUCAGUGUCCAGUGCCAAAAUGAGCGAGUUCCCGUCGAGGAAGAUCUCCCUCCUCCGCGUCCGAUCGACAGAUGGAGAUGGGCCGGAGACGGGGCCAAACCUGGACGAGGAGAUGGAGAAGGUGUUCGCGAUGGAGGGCGAACGCUUCGACGUGGCGCGCCUCGCAUCCUCGCCCGAGGCCACUCCGCCCGAGAAACGUUUCAACGAGCGCGACUACAGCUUUCAUCGCAAGAAGAGCUACCCUCACACACAUGUGCCUCUCAAAGCAAUCCACUCUCGCUCGAUGAAAAAGCGCUCCUCUGUGCCGGGGAGAGAUAGCUCAGAGAGUAACGAAGUUAGCAGCGGAGAUGCCCAGAAACGUUCUCCAUCCUUAUCAGAGAAGGGAGUAAGUGAAGCAGUGGCAGAGAAUGGAGGUGAGAUCUCUGUCGGACAAUCAAUUCCAGCGCAAGAUUCCUUUGAUGACAGUAGUCAAGCGCCCAAGCCUUCGAUUCCACCAACACCACCUCCUGUAGAUUUUAAAACUAGCAACCAAGCGCUCAACGAAGGCAGUUCUUCACCAGCAGGGUGUCAGAUUUCAAGUCCUGAUUGUGAAGAAAGUUCAACAAGAGAUGUAUUGUUCAGUAGUGGCAGUGAGCCACAAAUCUCAGAACGAGCUGCCACCUUGCCUGACGCCUCAAUUUUGAGUAGUUCUCCUGACAGGCGGGUCCAGUUUGAAAUAGAUGGAAUUGAGGAAGAACAUGGAACUCAAUUAAUACCUCUAGUUGAAAGGAAAACUACAACAGGUGAUGCUGAGGAUUCGCCACAAGACAGUGAUAAAAGGUCAAAACGGAGACACAGUGGUAGACACUACUAUCACCAUAAAUCAAGGAAGCACAGUACCUCUGAAGAUCCUAAAAAGAGAAAACGAUCAGGCGCCGAGUAUUUAGAUAAAGAAUGUUACAAUGCUUUAAUUGCUCAAAUUGAAGAAGACACUCUUCUUCAGGACAUCGAUCGGGAGGAACUUGCCAGGCAUCGUUAUGACAUCGCCAAAGGCAAAAGGAGAUAUAGUACAAAAACGAAAAAUCAAAUACCACCACACGAUGCACUUGCAACCAUUAGUCGGUUUCCUUAUCAAGUUUAUAAAAAGUUCUUCGACCACAGCCCUCAUGAGAUAUUUGUACAAUUGGAUGAGCUUUGUGGAACAGGCGAAGAUCGUGAGUGGAAAGAAACCGCCCGAUGGAUCAAAUAUGAAGAAGAUGUCGAAGAGGGUGCUGAGAGGUGGGGUCAGCCUCACGUAGCAUCUCUCAGCUUCCAUUCCUUACUUAAUUUAAGACGAUGCCUUGAAACAGGUGUGGUGCUAUUAGAUUUAGAAGAAAAAGAUUUACCCGGUGUAGCUUACCGGGUAGUCGAAAAAAUGGUGACUGCCGAAUUAAUUAAUCCAGGGGACCAUACAAAAGUAAUGCGAGCUUUACUCUUACGACAUCGACAUGUAGAAAAUCAUGAUCGGUUCAAAUUCAGUGUGCGACGAAAUAAUUCCAGUUACACAAGUUUACAGUCUGAAGAAGGAGCAGGUUCUCUGGAUGAAGUCUCGAUUCAUCUGAAAAAUAACAAUAUUCAUGAAGACAGUAAACACAAAAUCAAAGUCAUACCCUCAGCAUCUAAUUUGGAAGUUUCAACCGUUUCAAAAGUGACACAAGAUGCCGAAAAUAAAAAUGGCCUUACCCACCAUGCUAUUGAUAUGAAAGAGGAAACUACCUAUAUGUCAUCAAGUGAGGAUUUGUCCCGCAAAGCACAGAAGGAAAGCAUUUUAAAAAGGAUUCCUGUUGAUGCAGAAGCCACAACUGUUCUUGUUGGUGCGGUUGACUUUUUGGAACAACCGACUAUUGCUUUUGUCAGAUUGGCUGAAGGUAUUUUGUUACCUUCCAUAACUGAGGUAACGAUACCUGUGAGAUUCAUGUUCAUUCUACUAGGACCUCCAGAUGCUGAGUUAGAUUACCAUGAAAUAGGUCGCUCUAUCUCCACACUGAUGUCUAAUGUUGAGUUUCAUAAAUCAGCUUACAAAGCUACUGAAAGGAAAGAUCUUUUAAGUGCUAUUAAUGAAUUUCUAGAUUGUAGUAUUGUACUGCCUCCAGGAGACUGGGAAAGACAAGCUCUUCUUCCCUUCAGAGAACUUAAAGCAAAAAGUGAAGCAAUUCGACGAAGACAAAUCCGAGCCAAAGUAAAGCACGAAACACAAAAAGCUUUAGCCUCACCAGGAGAUGGAGGAAAAAAACCACCAAUUGACCCAUUGCAGCGAACUAAGAGGCCUUUUGGUGGAUUGUUCAACGACAUGAAAAGAAGAUUUCCUCUCUAUGCCUCCGACUUUAAAGAUGGUCUGAAUUUGCAGUGUUUAGCUGCUGCUAUUUUCAUGUACUUCGCUGCUCUGUCUGGUGCCAUAGCUUUUGGUGGUCUUUUAGCUGACAAAACAAGCAAUCUCAUGGGAAUAUCUGAAACCUUGGUAUCCACUGCCAUUAUGGGCGUCAUAUUCGCUCUUUUCGCUGGCCAGCCACUGGUUAUCAUCGGCACAACAGGGCCAUUAUUGUUGUUUGAUGAGAGCCUUUUUAGUUUUUGCAAAAAAAAUAAUGUGGAAUUCUUAACUAUGAGAGUUUACAUCGGGUUUUGGCUGGGCGUAAUAGCUUUGCUGGUGGCAGCUGUCGAGGGCAGUGUUUUUGUCAAAGUCUUCACACGCUUUUCUGAAGAAAUUUUCUCUUCUCUCAUCUCAUUACUGUAUAUUCACGAAAGUCUUUUAAAAAUACUAGCAUUGUUUUAUCUUCACCCCCUUUUGACCUUGGAUAGUUACUGUGCCAAAUCCACCCACAGCAUUAUCACCAGGUCUGCACCGUAUCUUGCACCUUCUAAUAAUUCCUCAUCACAUUUAGAUGUAAAUGCCCGCAAAAUUCAAGAUCCAAUUUUUGAGCCAAAAGUAACCAAUCAGCCGAAUACUGCUUUGUUUUGUUUGAUUUUGGCGCUCGGUACCUUCUUCAUUGCUUACUAUUUGCGCCAUUUUCGUAACAGCAAAUUCUUAGGCAGAAGUGCAAGAAGAGCCUUGGGUGACUUUGGUGUCCCAAUUGCAAUAGUAACGAUGGUUGCCUUGGAUUACUUCAACCCACAAACUUACACAGAAAAAUUAAAAGUGCCUGAAGGAUUGUCGCCGUCAAACCCGGAGGAAAGAAGUUGGAUCAUUCCACCGACUGGUGUUCAUUUACCGGUUCAGACAUGGACCAUGUUCGCUGCUUGCAUUCCCGCAUUACUUGUUUACAUUCUCCUUUUCAUGGAAACUCACAUUUGCGAGUUGAUAAUUGAUAAAAAAGAAAGGAAAUUGAAGAAAGGAAGUGGAUUCCAUUUAGACAUAGUUCUUGUUUGUAUGUUAAAUGUUGGCUGUGGAUUGAUGGGUGCACCAUGGAUGUGUGCCGCAACUGUUCGCUCCGUCACUCAUGUUUCCUCUGUGACAGUCAUGUCCCGCACUCACGCUCCGGGAGAGAAACCACAUAUCAUAGAUGUGAAAGAACAGAGAGUUAGUGCUCUCAUAGUUUCAGUAUCAGUAGGGCUUUCGGUGCUUAUGUCACCUCUCCUACGGUUGGUUCCAAUGUCUGUUCUGUUCGGUGUUUUCUUGUACAUGGGAAUCUCCUCCUUGAACGGAGUUCAAUUUUUUGAAAGACUGCGAUUAUUCUUCAUGCCUGUAAAACAUCAUUCUCAAGCAACUUAUGUCCGAAAGGUCCAAACAAUGAAAAUGCACUUGUUUACAAUAAUUCAACUCUUGUGUCUUGUGGUCUUGUGGAUAGUCAAGUCAACUGCAAUAUCUCUUGCCUUUCCAUUCUUCUUAAUUUUGAUGAUUCCAUUGCGAGCUCAACUGCGAUUUAUAUUCACACCAGCAGAACUUAGAGCUUUGGACAGUGAUGAACCUGAUGUAGACGAUAAAGAAGACGAACCUGAUUUCUACACUGAAGCUCUUUUGCCUGGCUGAGAGAACUAUCGAUUUUGUGCCCGUAUUGUUCUCACAUUUUCUUGUCUGGUAUCAACUUGUUAAGCUCUUUCCAUUGAGACAAGUUUCUUCACUUCCUCUCGCCCCUUCGGUUCUAAUCGUAAUGGUAGUGGCUGUACGCAACGUACAAACGCAACUCUUUUUGGGUAUGAUGGCCAUGACUUGUUAUUAUCUUUUAUUGUUUAUUUUAAAAACCGGUUGUAGUGUAUAUUUUUUUAUAUUUUAUUGUUGUUUAAAGUUUAUUGUUGUUGAAAUGCUAAUCAAGAUGUGAACGUGUUGAGUUGGAUUAUCCAAGCUAAAUACCCACAGUUUAUAAGGAGGAAGGGGGAUUAUGUUUAUUUUUUUACAAGAGUUGGAACUACUGAACAAACUUUUUUAACAAUCCACCAAGUUUCUUGGUUAACUUUCAGUUUUCUUAUUUUGAAACAUUCAACAAAGAUUAAGGUCACGGAUCUUUUAAAGUUUGCCAUUUUUUUCGAUCAAGUUUUCCAGAUCAGUGCCCCUUUGGACAUCUCUUCCCCCUAAAGUGAGAUCUUGAGAAAUAGAAGGAACUACAAGAAAGAUGAGGAAGAGUAGAGUGCAUGUGUGCAUGAUUGCUCACUUCAAAAAAAUUGAUGCUAAUAGCCUCAAAUGAAGCUAAGUUGUUAUGCCAUAACUGCUACAAAACUCAACAUUGAUAAGAAAAAAAAAAUUAAAGUCUCAGUUACUGGCAUACAGUUUUGAUAAAAUGAGACAUUGCAGUUGAUUUAUUGCAGAGGUUUAAUUUUAGAAAAACUGAUGAUAAUUUGAGCAAUUUAUCCUUGCCCUUAAUUACCCUUAACUGCCAUUAUAAAAUCAUCCAGGCAAACAGCGUUCCACCUUUGUAGGCAGUGAAGAUACCAGUUGCUCUUUCUCUCCCCCAUAAACUCCUGAGCCUAAAUCUUGUUGAUCAAAGCUGUUCGCAAGUCAAAUCAAGAUAACCUCUGCACGAAGACCUCCUCUCGAGAACCUCUUAUUCUUCAGAGUCUGGACUCUGAAGAAUAAAUCAGGCAUCAAUAUCCAAACACAAAUUGUUUGCGAGUGAAUCUGUUUUAACAACCCAUUUCAACGAUAUUAAACAUAAAAUAGCCAAUAAUCAUCAAUCGUGAACAAACUCGCUGUCAUCUGGGAAUGAAGAUUGGUUGCUGAUAAAAUCUGUGGCCUGAAUUGUUUGAAAGCUACACAGAGUCCCUUGUUGAUGGUGAAACCAUGGAGGUACCUUUAUUUGCAAAGUUGUAGGUUUCUUGUCACAUUGUAUUUUUUUCAAAGGAUAACGAAUGAACAUUGAUGCUUGGAAUUUUAUUGAUUUCUUGGUUUUUUGUAUUCUUUCCAGAAUAUUCCUGAAUAAUUCCAAAUAAAUUAAAUUUGUUAGUUUUUCCUUUGAGAAAAUCGAAUAACAGAAUAGAGUUUGAAACGUUGUAAUCAAGGUUGGUAUGUGUUUUUUGACCAUCACCAUUGCCAUUCAUUAUCUUGAUUAGCUUUGAUAAUUGAUGUGAUAUGUUGUAAAUUUCUCAGAUAACAUUUAGAUUCUCAUAGUGGAAAUUUAGAUUAAUUUUUUCUAGUUUUUAUUGAAUUAUGUUUCUUUCUUGGGGAAUGCUUUUAUUAUAUUUGGACUCGAAAAGAAUUUGAAGUUUGAAAAUGCGCACACCCUUGUGUGCUUUUGAAAAAUGUAUUACCAUUGUUCCCUUUGUUAGGACCAUGUAUUAGCUCUCAGCUUCUUUCCAAGUCGUCUUUCAUAUUAUGAUUUUGAAAGAGAUUAAUGGUGUGUUGCUCAUUUUCAAGAUAAUUGUUAUCUUGGAAUAAGUGCUCUAAAGGUUUCCUUGUAGCAUUGACUACUAAAUUUAAAUACAUAACAAGUAUAUUUUUUAAAAAAAUUGUUAAAAUGUACAAAUAAGGACAUUUUCUUUGGAUUUUUCACGUAUGUUGAACGGAAAAUUCAUAUGAAAAGAAGAAGUGAAAAAAAAGGCUAGCCAUAAUUGAAUAAAAUUCGAAAAUUAUCUCUAUUAAUACAGGACACUCACUAAAAUCAAUAUAAAACAUACAAAAUGAAAAAUGUACUCAUAAUAUCUGUUACAGUGUACUUCUAUAAUGUGAUUUAAAACUUCUGAAAGUGCAAGUCGUUAAUUUUAAGUCAGUAAAAACUAAAAAGGAUCUCCUACUUCUUACAUAAAAAAAUUUUUUGUUUUUGUUUUCAAAAGAUAAGUUUUUCUCCUUGUUUAGUCCUUAACUUUUUUAACGGUCAGUGCUACCAGAGAAUUGCCUUUUUCCUGCUGUUCCAUAAUUUUUUGCCUUCAGUAUUCUUCCAUCUUUAUUAUUAGUUAAAUUAGUUUUUUAAUUACGUGUUACGGAUCAUAAUGAGUGCUGUGCCAGUUUUGGAUUGAAUUAAAAGUUUCUCCAAUGGAUGCCAGUACCUUUUUUUCGGUGCAUUAUUAUUUUUAGGUGCUAUGUAAUUUGCUCACUUUCUUAGGGCCCAAGAACGUUAAAUCGAUUCACCCCCUUCACAUCAUAAAAUAUAUCCUUCCCUUCAGCCAUCCUCAUUUAACCCUUAAAUUAACAGCAAGAAUUUUGUAUUUUACUUUCUAAAUUUUCAUUUCUUGUGAAGCUGCAUGUAAAUUUACCCUGUUAGGUUCUCUUCUUGUAAAAUGGAUACAGUAGCUAUUAUAUUGAAGCAAUACAUUGUAUGUCUUCCCUUUAAAAUUUCUCGAUUGGAAUUUUGCUCGGAAAAACAUUUCAAUUAUCUCAACUCCUCGCCGAUUCACCAUUGCACUCUUUUGAAAUUGAUAAAACAGUGAAUGAACAAUACUAUUCAUUGUUUUGCAUUUACUGUAUGUUAAUUUUGAAUGUUUAUAUCUCCUUCAAAAGUUUAGACCCCACCCAUCCCAAAACAAUUGCAUGCAAUGUUAGUCAUGCAAUUUUGGAGGGAAAAUUUUUAACUCAGUUCUUUAAUCUAUUUCUUGUCUACUGGUUGACUAUCAAUAAUUCAAUCACUGAGAUAAAAAAAAAAAAAAUUGAACUCAUUGGCUUCAUGGACUACUAAACAAAAAUCCUCCCUAUCAAGAUCUCCAUCAAUAAACAUUAGAGCUCCAAGCUCUGCUCUGUUCAUUGAAAUCUGCUUGUGAAGUUAAUGCUGGAGGUGCGCAUUUUAGGCCUGCAUCACUCACCUCGCUUUUUCAGGCUCUUCUUCUUCAGGGCAUAGAGGAAAUAAUUGCAGAUCACAUUGUUCGAAUUCCGUAUACCUACAUUUAAGGAUUUUAAAUGCAUGACUAACAGAAUACUGAUAGGAUAAAAUUGUUUUUUUUCCAAAAUAAUCAACAAAUUCAAGCGAUGAGAAGCUAAGAAACGUGUUUGUUUUCCUUUUUUCGAACUUUGCUCUUAAUUAGGAGUACCUUAUCAGUUCAUCAAAAAUAAAAAUAUAUUAACUAAUAAGUUCCGUUUGCUAAACUAAGUCAGUUUGCAGGUUAUUUGUAGGUAAAAUGUCUCAUCAAAAUUUUAACUGAUGAAUCACCAGUCAUUUUUCGCAUCCAUUCUUUAAAUAGUGCAAUGGGGUGCCAAUGAGAUGCAGCUCAUUUUAAGCUAAUUUCCACUUUGCCUAGGUACCUGUUAAAAAAUCAGGUAUAAAGUUGAAUUUUUGUACUAUAAUUGACUCUAAACGUAGGAGAUCAAGGGUAAACUUUAGGAGAGGAUGAUUUCAUGUCGCCAUUAUGCUUUGUUUCACUGUUCUGCCCCUGUUGUGAGUAAAAAAAUUUCUAUAGGUAAGAAAUAUCAGGUAUUGUUUCUUGUAAGAUGUGGAAGGUGAAUGAGCUUUGAUUAUUUUGAGUUAAAUUUUUUUAUAUGUUCUGUAAGAAGUCUGGACAGAAUUUUAUCAUCUUUAAUAGCUUUUAAGAGAUAAUAAAUUUCAAAGAUCUUUUAGAAGUGGUGAAAACUAUAGAAUGUUUUGAUUCUUACUGAGGUCAAAUAAAUGGGACAAAUUUCGAGGAGCAUAACCUAGAACUUUCCGCGCUGCAAUAUUCUUUAACUUUGGUUAUCAUUUCAAAGGAUGCAAUGUAUUGCAGAAUGUCCCUAGACCUUUUACUUCAGGCAUAAAUAAUUCCAGGUGCUCUUAAUUUAUAUUAACAGAAAAGGUCAUUAUAGUUUUACCCUGCCACUUAAGGUUAAGGAAGUCUGUUCUGUGAAGGACCAGAUAGAACUUCUUUUAUGAUGAGUACUUUUUUUUCACAAUUCCUCUACUUAAGAAACAAGCCUCCAUCCUCAGACGUUUUUCAAAAUUGAUGGUAUAUUUUAAAGUCCGUCAAGACUAAACAUCAAAUGAGAGAAGAACUUUUAAUAUGUAGUGUGUGAAUCCUGAAAAAUGGAAGGUAAGAAUGUCUGGAAAAAAAAAAUAUUAUUGUAAAAUUGAAAGCUUUAAAAAUGGGUGAUCUCCGUUCUUUUUUCAGUGAAGUAAAAUGCACUUGACUUCUCUAUUUCUUUUUUUUCUAAAAAAAGAAAGAAGAAAUAAAGGGAAAUUAGUUUUUUGAGUAUUAACGUCUGCUGUUCUCAAAAACACGUUAUUACUUCCCUGCAGCUUCGAUUGUCACUGUCGGUGGUUUUAUGCAAAGAAUUGUAAAUCUCAAACUUCAGUUGAGUUGGGUUCAAUGUAACCUAAAAAUUUGUUCAAUCCCAAGAACUGAACCGUAGUGUCCAUUUUUCCUUGAAUAUAUCUCUGUAUUGUCUCACAACUAUGUACCUAGUAUGUAAUUAAUUAAAUUGCUUGACAUCAAGCCUAAUGUUGCCUCUCA